AACAUGAAGAGCCUGACGCAGGCGCUGGCAAAGACUGCCGCCGUGAUCGAGAAGACGGUUCAGACCACAGUGCAGGAGGUGACGGGACCGCGUCCUCUCCAGGACUAUGAUCUUCUCGAUCAGAUCGGAUCCGGAGGCCCGGGUCUCGCGUGGAAGCUCUACGCCGCGCGGCCUCGAUCUUCUGCACCGUCCACGCAGUACCCUGUCGUAUGCGUCUGGCUCCUGGACAAGCGCGCGCUCUCCGAGACCCGCACCCGCGCCGGACUCACUAGGGCUACCGAGGAUAGCUUCCUCGACGUUAUCCGUGCCGACGCCUCGCGUUUACUGCGAAUCCGUCACCCGGGAGUCGUCCAUGUCGUGCAGGCCCUUGACGAGAGCAAGAAUGCCAUGGCUAUGGUCACUGAGCCGCUUUUCGCCUCCGUAGCCAAUACUAUUGCUCAACUGGACAACAUUCCCAAGGUUCCCGCGGAGCUCAAGGGCAUGGUAAUGGGGUUGUUGGAGAUCAAACAUGGGUUGCUGCAGAUUGCAGAAUCAUUAGAUUUUCUCCAUAAUAAUGCUCAUCUUAUUCAUCGAGCUAUCUCCCCAGAGACUGUGUUCAUUACUUCUACUGGAGCUUGGAAGCUAGGUGGGUUUGGUUUUGCAAUACCUAUUGAUCAAGCCUCUAGCGACUUGACAGAAACACAGACUUUUCACUAUCCGGAAUAUGAUGUCGAGGAUUCCAUUUUACCACUCCAGCCUUCUCUCAAUUAUACUGCUCCAGAAUUGGUUCGGAGCAAGUCUAGCACGGUUGGAACUUCUGCUGAUAUUUUCAGCUUUGCAUGUCUUGCUUACCAUCUGAUUGCUCGAAAGCCACUAUUGGAUUGCCAUAACAAUGUUAAGAUGUAUAUGAAUAGCUUGUCAUACUUAUCCAGUGAGUCAUUCUCGCCAAUUCCCUCAGAGCUUAUUGUUGAUAUCCAAAGAAUGCUGUCAACUAAUGUGUCUUCAAGGCCUAGUGCAAUGGAAUUAACCGGUUCUUCUUUUUUCCGUGAUGACACUAGGUUGCGUGCUCUUCGAUUUUUAGAUCACAUGCUUGAAAGAGAUAAUAUGCAGAAAACUGAGUUUUUGAAGGCAUUAUCAGAUAUGUGGAAAGAUUUUGAUGCUCGCAUUUUGAGAUACAAGGUUCUUCCACCUCUUUGUGCAGAGCUUAGGAACAUGGUCAUGCAACCUAUGAUUUUACCGAUGGUUCUUACAAUAGCAAAAUCUCAGGAUAAAAAUGAUUUUGAGCUUUCAACGUUACCUGCAUUAGUUCCUGUGCUGACUUCUGCAUCUGGCGAAACACUACUACUCCUUGUGAAGCAUGCUGAUCUACUUGUUGACAAGGCUACUCAGGAGUAUUUAUUAUCCCAUGUUCUUCCAUUACUUGUUCGAGCUUAUGAUGAUAGUGAUACUCGCAUACAAGAGGAGGUUUUAAGGAGAACUUUACCCUUAGCAAGGCAGCUUGAAAUGCAGCUAGUGAAGCAAGCUAUCUUGCCCCGUGUUCAUGGUUUAGCUCUACGGACAACAGUUGCAGCAGUGAGAGUGAAUGCUCUUCGUUGCUUGGGUGAUUUGGUUCCAGCUCUUGACAAAAUAGCUGUGUUGGACAUUUUGCAAACUAUGCAACGUUGCACUGCUGUGGACCGCUCUGCACCAACUCUAAUGUGUACUCUUGGAGUUUCCCAUGCAAUUUAUAAACAGUUUGGUUUAGAAUUUGCUGCGGAGCAUGUUCUUCCCCAGGUUUUCCCACUUCUUAUGGCACAGCAGUUAAGCGUUCAACAAUUUGCCAAGUAUAUGCUUUUCGUCAAGGAUAUCUUGAGAAAGAUUGAAGAAAAGCGAGGCGUGACUUUAACCGAGCAUGGAAGUUCGGAGGCAAGAGACUCUCCUUCAUUGUCAAACGAACUCCAUUCCGAGCCAUAUCAGAAACAAGCCGGACCCAUUCAGUCUGCGAAGAAGACGACUUCAUGGGACGAAGAUUGGGGUCUUAUAAACGGGCGUAAUGCCGCAGCUCCUAAUCCUCUAGCAUCCAAUUCGACAUCUAACGCCCCCAAACCCUUCGUCUCUUUUCAUUCCCCAAGCAUCGGCUAA